UAGCGCUGGUUUUAACAGUGGCGUUGCUUAUACUCCUCCGAAGAAAAAGGUACUUCAAGCCCUAGCUUUUCCAGUUUUGGGAAAAGUCUGUUAUGCGAUACCGCAUUGAAUGAUUUACUGAUUUCAACGUAAACAACGCCAGCUGGUUUCCUAUUAUUGAACGAAUCGGUUCAUCACUCUCUUGCUAUAAUGAGAAACAGUAUAACAUCCAAUAAACUACAAAAUGAAAGUUGAUGAUGUUGAACAAGAUUGGUUGUUUUAUCUUGCCCAACCAAAUAAAUUAUUAUCGGAUAUUGAGGGUCUAACUAUAUCACAUCAGUUGGAGUUGCUUAAACAAUCCUUAUCACAGGCUGAAAUAAGUGAAAGAAAAACUAGUCUCACUAAUUGUGAAAAUAAUUCAGUGGACAACUUCAUCGGAGAAAAUGAAACUAUGAAUCCUGAUGACAUAUUUGUCGAGUCGUCUAGGUUAUUCAAAAAGUCAAAAGUUUUGGAUAUAAUGUCCUUACAGAUUGCUGCUAAUCUAAAAUUCAAUCUAAAUCUUUUUCGAGUCAUAUCAGAAAUGCCCAUUAAGCUUCUUGCACGUCUCUAUAGAGUGCUCGUCAUGAGUACUUCAAAAUUUUCAUCAGUUUUACAACCUCUUAUUGAAAAUGCGAUAAAUAAAGAAAAUAUUUUCAUUAUAAAUCCUUACGGAUACUAUAGAUGGUCUCAGUUAAAUCCUAUGACAAUUUAUGGUUUAAUGUCUUACCAUAUAUGGUGCCUUCAUGUAUCUCAUACAUCCAGUAUGCUGCCACAUCCCUUUCGAAAUCUUACUCCUAUUGUUUCUGGUUUAACUGAAAUUCCUGAGGUGGCGUUUUUUGCGGAUAAUCGCGUGGAAGUUGGCGUUGUUCUCACUCGCAUACAAGAGUCUGUAAAUCAGCUAAACGAAAUCAACAGUCUUUUGGAUGAUCUCAACAUAGCUAGACCUCUUCCUUCAGUGUUUUCAGCGCUGAAUUCCAUGUUUCCUACAGUUUUUGAACCAAAGAUUAAGUCUGCUCAGGAUGAUCAGAACCAUAACGGUCUAUCAGAUUUUGUUCUUAAUAACUCUGUACCUCUCUCUAAAAGCUAUCUUUCUGCAUCGCUUAACUUUGUACUCGGAAGGUAUGCCUUUCAGCAGCAACAGUUUACUCAAUCACAGAAACUUUUUCAAAUCGCUUAUGAUGAAAUGCAAGAUCAAAAGUUUGAAUAUUUAGAUGAAGCAGGAGCUACACCGAAAUUACUACAGGCUUAUUUAAGUGCUUGCAAAUCAUACACAUCUUCAGACUGUAUUGCAAACGAAUUUUCACUUUUCCAGUCUGACAAUCAAUUUUUAGAAACAUUUUGUCGUUUAUUAGAAGUAAAUACAUCAGAUUCUCAUCAUAAAGAUUCAAUCAAUAUAUUUUGGAUUCAACCAUUAGAUACAUCUAGUACAACAUCCGUCAAUAUGGAAUCUAAAGUUUGUAGUGGAUUACUUACUACGAUAGAAGAUCAUCUUUAUCAAGUUUUACUGAAUGUGGACCAAUUUUUCAUUGAUGAUUCAUCUAAUCCAUAUAUUCCAAUCAGUUUAGGAGUUCGUAAUAAAUUAGAAAGUUUGUGCUUAAAACAACUGCAUAAUUGUAUUAGUUUACUUGAUAAUACAAACGAUACUGCACGAAAUAUGCCUUCUACAAAACAAUCAAAGCAUACUAAGAAGUUAUUAUCAAAUGAUAAAAUGUCAAUUUUUAACGCAGUUCAUCAACUAUUCACUAAGGUACAUAUAUGUAAUACGGUUGACCGACUAAUGUUUGAAUCUAUAGAACUGCCACUUUCAUUAUCAACUGAAUUGUUAAUGAAUAUUCCGGAGAGAAAUUUUGAAAGUUCAACAAAAAAAGAACACAGGUCAUCGUCUUCAUUGGCUUCAUCAUCAUCAUUUUCUCCUCCAUUUAUCGAUGUAAUAAUUGGACGAGAAUUUCUGUUUGAUUGUUUAACUUCUAUAAUGGAAAAGCUGUCUACUAAAAAUUCGAACCUAUCAUCUUCAUCUCAAUUUAUUGUCAUAUGCCAAUAUGUAAGAUAUUUAGUUCAAGAAGGAAUUUGUUUACUUGGUAAUUUAGUGCAUAAACCACUUCCUAAAUCGAAUUAUGAAUUAAAUUCAAUACAAAAGAAUUAUCAAGAUUUAUUAAAAACACUUGUAUCACAUAAAUUGAUGGAUUUCUUACCAGAAUCUUGCGGAAAAUAUAUCCAGUCUAUUUUCCAAGCAGUAAAUUCUGGAAGUUCGUCGGAAACGGAAGUAAACUCCAACCCUAUUUGUGCCUUUAUUCCUGACCUUCUUUCUGACCUACCUAAUCUAGAUAUUGAUCUUGAUUCGAACUUAUAUCAAAUUGAUUCGGAUGGCUUAAAUUCUCUGGGACUUGGAUUCUGGGCAGACUAUGAUGUAUAUCAAAAUACUGCAUCGUUCAGACAACAGAUACCCAGAGGCGGAUCCCCAUUUGGGAUUGUUGGUGAUGUGGAUAUGCGCAGCUUAGCUAAUCAGCAUCAGUCUCCAUCAACAUCAUUUCCUCAUAUGUCUAUUCCACAAUCCCGUGUAACUGGUGGACAUGGACCUUUUGUUCAUCAAUCACUUCAAACUUUUACUAGAGAAAACCCACUUGUAUGCGAUCUUCAAGUAAUACGUCAUCUUUUAAUAGCAAAAAAUCCAACCGAUGUAAAUACGUCAGUCGAUUAUCUAUUAAGGUCAGGUAUGACACCAAAUGGAAUUUUAGAAUUAAAUGGUUCGUGGCUCCCAUCUUUACAUUAUUUAGCUUCACUGGAGAUUGUCGGACCACAUCCUAUCAAUGAGAACAGUUCAACCAAUCCAAUCGAUUUAUUGCUAUCAUCAUCCGGAAAUAUUAUGUGGGGGAUCACAGUAUUAAUACAAUUGGCUAAAGGUUCAUCCAUAAUUCGUCAUGAAAUGUCACCAUUCACAGGAGCUAGGGCUUUUCUACUUGCUGCUUUAAAUAAUUUGGCGUCAAUUAAUCCUAUCGUACCGCCUCCAUCGUCAUCAUCGGUUAAUCAUGUUACAACAACAUCCGGUCAUGUAGUUGGAAAACAAUCACGUCCGUGCGAUGCUUUUCAAUGGAUUCGUGCUGGUAUCAGACAUGAAUUAUUAUUGGUUGACUUACUGGAAUUCUUGAAUCCAUCUUCAUUUAAUAAUUUCGGUGGAAAUAAUAAUCAGUCACAUUCAAUUACAAAAUCAACUCUUCAUCCUGGACAAGUAUCAUUAAAUGAUCUAAUUAGACGAGUUAAAAUUUGUCUGUGUUAUGCUGCUGGUUUAUCAUCAAAUGCGAAUUCUUUAGAAACAAAAAUGGAAUCCAUGAACUUGAUUGCUUUGUCUAAGGAGUUAAUUGCUGCAGCCACUUGUUUCUUGUUAAUGGUCAAAGAAUGUGAUUUCUUGUAUCCCAUGUCAAUUCCAUCAAAAUCUAUUUCACUACCUUCCGGAAGUAUUUCAUUUUGUGUCGCAUGUGCUGGUUCCUUAGAUUUAAUUCGUAUUCUUUUACAUUUUCAUGAAGUAUUACAUUCAUCAUCAGUGUCUCAUGAAGGUUCCAACUCAACAACCACAUCAUCAUCAUCAUCAUCAUCAUCAACAACAACAACAACAAACUCUCAUGUAAAUUCAGAAAAACAAAAUUCUAACCAUUCAAUCAAAAACAUUUUAAGCGCUACCGUUAAAUUUGGUAAUGCAGAUAGACUAAAAACUGUUAUAAAUGAAUUUUAUGGAUUAAUUAUUCAUGGAUGCCUUGUCUCUGCAAAUAAUCCUAUAGAUACAAUAAAUAAUUUGGCAUUAUCUGGAUCGGAACAAUCCGUGCUACAACAACAACACCAACGUAGUUCUCGAAAUUACCAUCCAGAUACAUUAUCUAAUCGUUCUGGGAUCAGUUUGUCUAGUUUAUACAUUAUAGGUGAAAUGUUAGCAACAAUAGAUGAAAUUUCACUUUUAAUGUCUACUGUUGGACUUAAAUUUCCUUUAGAUAAUAAACGUAUACUUUCUAAUUAUUCAUUUAUUGGAUUACAAUUAUUAGAUUAUUUAAUAAUUGGGUUUGCUCAAAUUACACAUCAAAUUUGUGGAAAAUUUAAUUUACAAAUUUUAGAACAAAUAAUUAAUUGUUUUAAUACAGUUAAUAAUGUAGAAAAUAUAAAAAAUAAUGAACAAGUGAAUGAAGAUACAUUAACUACAACAAAAGGGACAACUACUACCAUCACCACCAGUGUUACUAAUACAUCUACUGAUUCACAGUCUACUACUAGAUUUCGGUCUUCUAGAUGGGAUAAACCAAAAGAUAAUUUAUCCACUACUAAAAAACAUAAUAAUAGUAAUAAACGAUAUCAUUCUGACAGUCAUGAAUGUGUGUCGUUUCUAGAUAAACAACUGUGGAUUUUAGACUUGGAAACGAAUUCUUCAAUCUGUGGGAAAUCGUUAUGUGAUCACCUGAAUUAUUUCUUAAAUUGGGGUUUAACUGCUCGACCUGAAAGGAUAGAUUGGCUUAUAUUACGUGGUGAAAUAGAAUUUUUCGUGAAAAAUUACCGUCAAGCUUUGUCAACAUAUCUUGAAUUUGGUAGCGUUGUCACGGACGCAUUCUCAAAGAAUGUUUUAUCAGUCUUUUUUACAAAAGAGUUGGUGUUUCGUAUGAUGUGUUGUCUUCAAUAUCUCGGAUUAUUUUAUGAAAGUGUUGUUCUUUCACAAUUCGGACCAUCCUCUGAUGAAUCUCUUGUGGAUAGUGUCAUUCAAAUUAUUAAUAGUCUAGGUGAAAAUUCUAAUGGUUGGCCAAUAACUCAAAUAGAUACUUUUAGUACUGCAGUAAUAAACCAACAACCAUGUUCUUUUGAUAACAGUACUUCUGCGGAUUGUUUACGUGGAUCUUGUGGAGGUUCACUUCUUCAUACUACAUUAGAUUGUCCCGAUAGUUUAAUUCCUUAUUUAUGGAAUAUUCGUUUACUAUCAGCACUCGAACGUUCUGCUUCAAAUCGUGGUGCCCUUUUACAGUCUACCAAGUUUAAAGCUCGAAUCAAUAAUCCUGAACUCAAUGCUAACAAUCCAGAUGAAAUAUUAUUGGAAAAUAGAUGUGCUUUAAAUCUUGAAUAUCUUCGUUAUUUGUCCAACGUUUAUUUGAUUUAAUCAUACCACUUAUGUCUGCGAAUAACAGUUGUCAAUACUUUUGUACAAUUCUUUAUAUUUUGAUACUGUAAUACAGUUCUAUAAAUAUGUCGACCACAUUAGUAAUCUGAAUAGUACAGGC